GAAUUUUGUUUUAAAAAAGUAUUCGACCAUACCUUAAUCUAUGCACAUCUCUCUUAAAGAAAACACAAAUUCAUUUUUGAUGAAAUAACAUUUUGAAAUUGUAAUAUCAAAUAGUAACAAUAAACAAUAUGAUUUUUAUCGAAACCAACUGGUGUGCGUGAGUCUGAGUUCCAAGGAUGAGGCUUUUAUUUUCCACCAUUCAUCAAAGAUAAUAAACUAUUAUAUUGUAACCCCUCUUCUCUUCCUGCUUUUUUGCACUCAAAACACACACUGAGAGAGGCUGAAGAAGAUACACUGAAACAAAAUGGCACUAAGAAUGUGGGCUUCUUCUACAGCAAAUGCUCUGAGACUCUCAACUUGUGCUUCUAAAUCUCCUGCCUUUUCUCUCUCUAGAGCCUUUUCAACUGUUCUGGAGGAUUUGAAGUAUGCUUCUUCGCAUGAAUGGGUGAAGCAUGAUGGCCCUGUGGCCACCAUCGGAAUCACAGACCAUGCUCAGGACCAUUUAGGAGAAGUGGUGUUUGUGGAGCUGCCGGAAGCGGGGAAGGAAGUGAAACAAGGCAGCGGUUUCGGAGCGGUGGAGAGUGUUAAGGCUACGAGUGAUGUGAACUCUCCGAUCUCCGGCGAGGUGGUUGAGGUCAACACCAAGCUAACGGAGUCUCCGGGACUGAUUAAUACAAGCCCAUAUGAAGAGGGGUGGAUGAUCAAGGUGAAGCCAACCAAUCCUUCCGACCUUGCAAACUUGAUGGGAUCCAAAGAGUACACCAAAUUCUGUGAAGAAGAAGAUGCUGCUCACUAAUCAUAUCUCCACAUCAUUUUUGUUUUUUUUACUUCUUUUUCAAUCUUCUCUUUUCUCUUUACGGUGUCAAAAAACUGAAUUUCAUUUCAGUAUAUUAAUCAAGUUCCGGUUAAUUGAUUAUUAA